AUGUCUGGCCGAGGAAAAGGAGGAAAGGGGUUGGGAAAGGGAGGCGCCAAGCGCCACCGCAAGGUGUUGCGCGACAACAUCCAGGGUAUCACGAAGCCGGCAAUUCGCCGUCUUGCCCGCAGAGGUGGUGUUAAGCGUAUCUCUGGUCUCAUUUAUGAGGAGAUUAGAGGCGUGUUGAAGGUGUUCCUGGAGAACAUCAUCAAGGAUUCCGUCACCUACACCGAACACGCCCGCAGAAAGACCGUCACCGCUAUGGACAUCGUGUACUCCCUCAAGAGGCAGGGCCGCACCCUCUACGGUUUCGGUGGCUAA